CCGGGGCCCAGGGGAAGAUGAGCGUCCUCCUAGAGCAGAAGGAGCAGCAGGAGAGGCUGCGGGAGGCCGCCGCCUUGGGGGACAUUCGGGAGGUGCAGAAACUGGUGGAGAGCGGGGUGGAUGUGAACUCCCAAAAUGAGGUCAACGGCUGGACCUGUUUACAUUGGGCAUGUAAACGCAACCAUGGACAGGUGGUCUCCUACCUGCUAAAAUCAGGAGCUGACAAAGAUAUUCUUACCACAAAAGGAGAAAUGCCAGGAGAAUUAACAUCAAGGAGAGAAAUCAGGAAGAUUAUGGGAAUGGAAGAAGAUGACAAUGACGAUGACACCCUACCCCAGAUGAAGAAAGAGUCAGAACUGCCCUUUGUUCCCAACUAUUUGGCCAACCCAGCCUUCCCUUUUAUCUAUACCCCCACAGUAGAAGAUUCAGCUCAAGUACAGAAUGGAGGCCCCGCCACACCUCCCACAUCACCCCCGGUAGAAGGCUCCCCUCCGUUGCUCCCUGCUGGAGAACCUUCCCCCUUGCUAGGGCCCUUGUCUAGAGAUCGUACUUCUUUGGCACUAGUUCAGAAUGGUGAUCUGUCUGCUCCCUCUGCCAUACUCCGAGCACCAGAAAGCACAAAACCGGGUCCUGUGUGUCAGCCACCGGUGAGUCAGAGCCGUUCCCUGUUCUCUUCAGUCCCAUCCAAGCCACCAGUAUCUUUGGAGCCUCAAAAUGGGACAUAUGCAGGACCAGCGCCAGCAUUCCAGCCUUUUUUCUUCACUGGAGCAUUUCCAUUUAAUAUGCAAGAACUAGUACUCAAAGUGAGGAUUCAGAACCCAUCUAUUCGAGAAAAUGAUUUCAUUGAAAUUGAACUGGACAGACAGGAGCUCACCUACCAAGAAUUGCUCAGAGUGAGCUGCUGUGAGCUGGGUGUCAAUCCAGACCAAGUGGAGAAGAUCAGAAAGCUCCCCAACACACUGUUAAGAAAGGACAAAGAUGUUGCUCGACUCCAAGACUUCCAGGAGCUGGAACUGGUUCUAAUGAUAAGUGAAAAUAAUUUUCUCUUCAGAAAUGCUGCAUCUACACUGACUGAAAGGCCUUGCUACAACAGGAGAGCUUCAAAAUUGACAUACUAAUGAAGCAGGGACUUUAUCACUGAGUAUUAUGAUGGUGUGUGUCACCUCUGGGCCAAGGAAAAGCCAUCGAUCCAGAAGCCUUGGAUGCCCAUGAGGGCCCCUGGUGCCACUGCAUUGUGUUCACUAACAUCAUCCUGCCAAAGCAGGAGUCCCUGACCCCCAGCCGCGGGGCCACUCUUCUAAGCCUCUUGGUGCACAAUAAGCCUAUCGCUGCAUCUUUGAACAGCUGAGAAGUAGUCUGGAGAGGCAGGAGCCAGAGGUUUUGUAUCCAGUGUUUUUUUGUGCAGAACGUAGAGAGUUGUUGAAGCAGAAGCUGAGAGAGAAUGGACCUAUUUCUAGCCACUCCUGUUGACAGUGCGCCUGAAGGGCUACAUGAGCUGUUCUUGGUGUUGCAUGCCCAUGAUGCUCCUAAAUUGCAAACUGACUAGAGAGGAAGACUGGGGAAAGCACAGGUACUGGACAAAGGAAUUUUGAUGUGACUUGUGGCUGUGAGGUUUCAUAUAAUAUAUUUAUAAAUGUUACUCAGGUUAAAAGUAUUUAAGAACACAGUUACCUAAUUGUAAAUAGGCUGUUAACCAAAAGAGCUUCCCCUGCCCCACUUUUCUUUGUGAACACUCAAGACUGUGACUGUCUUGGACAGUCAUCUCUGCAUUUCCUCCCUUUCACAGUCACUAGAGGGCUCUCUGAUACUUUCUAAAAGAGCCACGGCGUUUCUACUCUGAGGCCUGCAGUUUCUGUCAUCCGUAUGUUUAAUGCACCAUUCAAGAAGAGCACAAAUAUUGCUGGUCUAUGUUCUCCACUCUUAUUUCCCACCGGAAAUGAAAAGCAAUUUUUGAGCCUGAAUCUGUUUCUGUUUUAAAGGUUAUUGUGGGGAAUUGAACUAAAGGAGUUAGCAUCUUUAUUUUUAUAUCAAAGAAAAAGGUUAUUUUGAAAUUAUUAGGAUUUUUACAUAACUCUGAAAUCUGUUGCUUUCGUAAACAAAUAGUUUGCUCUGAGGAAUCCCCCUCACUACCAUCACCAGUACUCAGUAAAGUCAGUUGUGGGUCUACCAGACAUAAACAAAACAGCACCUGAGUAAACUCUUGAGCAUAGCAUAAGAAUUUUUUUUUCAAGAGUGCGUUCAGGGAGUCUUUCCCUUUCUUCAGCAUCAUUAAAGUUAUGAAAAAAGCCUCUCAUUGAAACAAACAGCUUAACUUUAGAAAUAGGAUCCCGCCACGGAGACAAACAGGAGAGCAGGGGUUGAAGCCAGCUGUUGAAAAGCAUCCCUGCUGUCUUAAGCUUUCUCCCCAUAGUGCCUAUAGUUUCCAAAGAAACUUACUCCUGACUGUAUUAACUUCAUCUCAUUAGAACACUGCAAUUAAGUGAGAACAUGCCGAAGAUGUCAGUGGAAGAGAAGCUUGUGCUAAGAUAAUGGCCUCCUGCUGCUGCCUGAAUGAUGCAGUGAGGUUGAGGUGUUCUUCAAGGCCAACUUCAUGGAGCCACUCUGUUUAGUGACUUAAUUGUAACCCCCUUGUUACAGCUGGUGACUUACUCACCCUUGUAGAGUGUUUGCAUAGCAGAGUGAAGACUGCUUAUCACCCUUUCUCCCAAGUGCUUUAAAGAGGAAAUCUCCCUUGUGUUUCAACCAAUCAGAAACUACUUUAUCUAGAUGUUCUUUUUCUUUGAAAAAACUUACAGUUUACUGAUACAAUUAAGUGUGGUUCUGUCCUGGAAGAAAUAAAUUCAGUAUUAAUUCAUGUCUAAAUUACUAGGGUUCAAAUUAACUCAGCCACCCCAAUUGAUGACUCUCAGAAGUAGUGGAGGCUCUGGCUGGGAGGUGGGCUGCAAAGACAUGCUCUAGGCCAGUUAGAGGCUCUGCAAAGAGGGGUCAAGGGCUUUGAGGGUCCCGCUACUUGCUAAAGUCCUCUGUGGUCAGUGCGUCUGGAAGUGAGCUGAGACUGCACAGUUGCUUUUAGGUGAGUUUAAAGUCUUAAUCUAUGCAUUCAGAGAAAUAUUUUUAUAUGCUUUGUGUAAUUUAUAACAAGAAUUUUUUUUAGCUUUGUUAACUGUGAAUCCACCUCUCCUCCCCCACUGCAUAUUUAAAGCAUGUGUUCACACCGUGUGUAAACAUUCACAGAACAUCCUUUCCUUUGUGUGUUGCUGACUCUUCCAGCAUAACAGGUAUCAUUAAAAUUAAAUAGUAACUGACAAA